UCUCACCUUACCCUUCAACCGACCACCAAGGGCACUCUAUAAAUCAUUCUCGUACAAUGUCGCAACAAACCUCGUACCGCGCUAACCCAAACCAAACCUUCAAUCAAAAACCAACCUUUGCUCAACGCUGAAACCGUGCCUGCAUUACCAAGUUCCUUGCGUUGCUUCACUCGCACGUGACGUGGCACUCCUCCAUUGGCUCGUCACGUGACAAGCACCUUCCCAGUGUCCUCAACCCAAUCCACAUGACACAACCCACACCACACCAUACAACAAAAAUGACUCAAACAAAACUCCAAUAAUACUCUAUAGUCUACGUUCUUUGCUCAAUGUUUCUUCCUCUCUUAAAAUUCUCAACCAAUUUUGUUGUUAGUGUUAGGAAGAAUUGGUAACGAUUACUACUGAUUGGUAACAGUUUGAAGCCAGAAUGAACAACGGUGUUAGGCAAGAAUCCAGUGUGCUUCUCGAUUUGGCAUCGCACGUCAAUCGCUUCGCCUUCGAUCAUUUUCGCACCGACACCGCUGUGCAAUCCAGUUUCCUGCGCUUCAAUGGCGGAGCGGGAGCCAAACGCGGCGUUUCGCUGAGGGUGGGGGCGGCUGGAGUUAGGGUCAGGAAUAUUUUGAGCGAGUUUAAUAGAGCAGUUAGGUUUCACUGCGAGAAGAUCCCGAUUGGGUUCGCCUCGCUGCGAGUCGCGGAGGGCGACGGUGGUGGUGGUGGUGGCUGUGACGGGGACGGGGAUGGGGAUGGAAGUGGGGUUAGAGUGGAUGAGUGUGGCGGGGUGGAGAAUGAGGGGCUUCGUGGGAAUGGCGUGGGGGGUGAGAGGCCCAAAAAAGUUUUGAUUUUGAUGAGUGACACUGGUGGUGGGCAUCGAGCUUCCGCUGAAGCUAUCAAGGCUGCUUUCUAUGAAGAAUUUGGAGAUGAUUACCAGGUUUUCGUUACUGAUUUGUGGGCUGAUCACACACCUUGGCCGUUCAACCAACUUCCCAGGAGCUAUAGCUUUUUGGUGAAGCACGGGCCAUUGUGGAAGAUGACUUACUAUGGAACUGCCCCACGAGUUGUGCACCAGUCUAAUUUUGCAGCAACUGGAACUUUCAUAGCUCGUGAGGUUGCUAAAGGUCUAAUGAAAUAUCAGCCAGAUAUAAUAAUCAGUGUGCAUCCAUUGAUGCAGCACGUUCCACUUCGAAUUUUGAGGUCAAAGGGUCUUUUAGAUAAGAUUGUUUUUACUACAGUUAUCACAGAUUUAAGCACAUGCCAUCCAACGUGGUUUCAUAAGCUCGUAACUAGAUGCUAUUGUCCUACGACAGAUGUUGCGCAAAGGGCAUUGAAAGCAGGAUUGCAGCAAUCCCAAAUAAAGAUUUUUGGUCUACCUGUCCGGCCUUCCUUUGUUAAGCCUGUCCGGCCAAAGGAUGAACUAAGGAGAGAUCUAGGGAUGGAUGAGGAUCUUCCUGCUGUAUUAUUGAUGGGGGGAGGGGAAGGUAUGGGUCCCAUUGAGGCUACUGCUCGAGCACUUGGAGAUUCAUUAUACGACGAGAAUAUUGGGGCCCCUGUAGGUCAGAUCCUAGUGAUCUGUGGACGGAAUAAGAAACUUCUUAACAAACUGACUUCUAUUAAUUGGAAGGUUCCUGUGCAGGUCAAGGGAUUUGUUACCAAAAUGGAGGAAUGCAUGGGAGCUUGUGAUUGCAUCAUCACAAAGGCGGGUCCAGGGACGAUUGCAGAAGCCCAGAUCAGAGGCCUCCCUAUUAUUUUGAAUGAUUACAUUGCUGGACAGGAAGCUGGCAAUGUCCCCUAUGUAGUUGAAAAUGGAUGUGGAAAGUUCUCUAAAUCUCCUAAACAGAUAGCAAAAAUUGUUGCCGAUUGGUUUGGUCCUAAGGCCUACGAGCUACAACAAAUGUCACAAAAUGCAUUGAGGCUGGCAAGGCCAGACGCUGUGUUCAAGAUUGUUCAUGACCUUCACGAGCUGGUUAGACAAAGAAGCUACCUAGCAGAAUAUUCUUGUACAGCUUAACUGAUACUGAGGAUAUUUUUUGCACCUUUUUUUCUGAGAAAAAAAUGUAUUAGGCAACCAUUUUUCUGAUCACUACCAGAAAUUCGAGUAUUUGUCUUCCAUCUUUAUUUUUCA